GCCCCUUCCGAAGCUAAUGGAGUGCAAAAAAUAUUUGCCAUUGCUUUAAGGUGGAUUGUUGGCCACAAUCUGAAAAGGCCAGUGCAAGAGAAGAAAAAGGGUUUCAUCUGUGAGUUAUGAGAGGGUAAGGAAAGUUAAGAGGGAACAUGGAAGGUGCAGAGGAGGAGCUAGAGAGAAGAAGCAUGUUUCUGAAAAGCUUGAUACAGAAGAAGAAAGCCAUAGAGCAACAAGAGCAGCAUGACCACCUUCACAAUAAUGUCCGAAUCAGAGCUUGUGACAUGCCUCUUCCUUUGCAGAACCGUGCCUUUCGUUGUGCACGUGAUAUCCUAGAUUCUAUGCCAGGAAAAAAGCUUGAUAGUAAACGUCUGGCCCUGGCCCUUAAGAAGGAAUUUGAUUCUUCGUAUGGUCCAGCUUGGCACUGUAUUGUGGGUACUAGCUUUGGCUCCUAUGUUACUUAUUCUCUUGGCGGCUUCUUGUAUUUUUCCAUCGACAAGGUUUAUAUCCUUCUCUUCAAGACAGCUGUUGAACCAUUAGACGGUCAUUCAUAACUUCCACAACUUCUCUGAGUUAUAUGCACAUCUCUUUGGGAACUUAAAUUUUAACAAAAUAGACAUCUGUGUUCUGUGAAGUAUUUGAUGCACUUCAGUUUGGAUAUUUCGUCCGUGGGAGAGCAUUUCAGUGUGUAAUUUGUUGUGACAAGCCACAGGAUAUUCAUUCUUCACUCCACCUCAGAAGAAGAGAAAUUUACCGAAUCAAUUCAGUUUAAAAAUGUUUGUUGAUUCUUGUUGGCUUAUUUGUAUACAAAGUGUUGCUUUAUGGAGCAUUUCAGUGUGUAAUUUGUUGUGACAAGCCACAGGAUAUUACAUUUUUUCUUUUAGACAAUUGUGGGGCUCAGAUCUCGCAGCUU